CGGGUAACUUCCGUCAGAUGACCUCAGCCCAUCGGCCCGACGUAAACAACAGUGUUAAGUGCUGUGUUUAGCGACUGCUCGAAGACCUUGUAUAACCGACCUCAAAAUGGCAAAGAAAACGGAGGACUUCGGAGAUUUAUGGCAGUGAUAACGUCAAACAAAACUGUUGCAACACUCCAUCCCUAGAUCAGGAACAACUCUCUUCAGCCAUGUCUGGACGUGUGUUGAUGCGACAGCAGCUGAUGCGAGAGCAAGCCCAGGAGCAGGAGAGACGUGAGGCCCAGCAGCAGGCCUCAGUCUCUCAGCUCCGGGCCACUGACUCCACACCAGCCAUUUCUGUCACUCUGCCCCCAAAUGCUGCCCGUCCCCCUCCAGCACAGGUGCCAGUGGAGGUGCUGAAAGUGCAGACCCACUUGGAGAACCCCACCAAGUACCACAUCCAGCAGGCACAGAGGCAGCAGGUGAAGCAGUACCUCUCCACCACUCUGGGCAACAUGGCGGUUACUCAGACCCUUGGUGUGUCCCCUGUGCCACAGUCCAGUUCGGCCCCUGAAGCCGCUCCUACUGCCAGCAGCGCCCCUAACAGUCCUAUGGCUCUGCUUAAUAUCGGAUCCAACAAGGAGGAAAUUGACGAUGUGAUCGACGACAUCAUUAGUCUUGAAUCCAGUUUUAAUGACGACAUCAUCACGCUGAUUGACUCAGGUCUUCAGUUGCCGAGCACGCUCCCAGGAAAUCUGUUGGAUGUGUACCAUAGCCCUGGAAUGGCAGCACCUACUUUGACUGUUAGCAACUCCUGUCCUGCUGAUCUUCCAAAAAUUAAAAGGGAAAUUACUGAUUCAGAUGCCAAAGCACUUAUGAAAGAAAGGCAGAAGAAAGACAACCAUAACCUCAUUGAGAGGAGGCGGAGAUUCAACAUUAAUGAUCGCAUAAAAGAGCUUGGUACUCUGAUACCCAAAUCAAAUGACCCAUAUCACAAUGAUAACAGUGAGAUGCGUUGGAAUAAGGGCACCAUCCUGAAAGCUUCCGUAGACUACAUCAGGAAGUUACAGAAGGAGCAGCACAGAGCCAAGGAUAUUGAGAUGCGGCAGAAAAAGCUGGAGCAGGCAAAUCACACUCUAAUGCUGCGAAUUCAGGAGUUGGAGAUGCAGGCACGACUCCACGGCCUCUCAUCCCAAAGCGGCAUCGCUUCUGGUCUGACCUCUGAUCCCUCCCUCCUCCAGCAGCACCAGGUCCAACAGAGCAGCCAGUCUAUGCCUCACAGCACAGGAGGAGCCACCUCCCAAAACCUCCUCAGCCUGGGUGUGGCAGCCAUGGGAGAAUCUCUGCCAGCCUCCUUCCUCUCGCCGCCUUCCUCGGACUCCCCUGCUGGUAUCACCAUCAGCAGCCCCCUGGACCUGGGCAGCCUGAGCUUCGCCGAGCUGGACGACAGCUCCGCCUCAGCGCUCUACCCCGACGUGGGCUUGGGAGACAUUCUUAUGGACGACGGGUGCACCCUGUCUCCAGAGAGGCUGGCUGAGCCGCUGUUUUCUCCUUUGUCACCAGGUGCCUCUAAAACCAGCAGUCGCAGGAGCAGCCUUGAAAUGGACGAGGACUUGUGAUGAGCUCCGUGUGAUGGUCAGAGACUGUCUGUAGGGACAAGAAUGUCAGGAGGUGCAGUCUAUCCUUAAAUAACAAGAGGCUUAUUUAUAGGACUGUAGAAUUGAAUUUAGCAGAAAUACCUAACAUUAAGAUCAAAACUAACAAAUGUUGUAUCUUGGAUUUAAUUGCCAUACAGACCUAAUUAUUGUUGUUCCUGUUUGGAGCUGGUCAGAUGAUUAUGUCUGGGUUUAUAAAUGCAAUCUUAUUAAAAUGGAAUAUUGUAUAAUAGAGGCAUGGACUUAAAGAAAUUAUAAGAAAUACUACAUUCUGACAUAGUUUUUAAGAUUUUUCUUCAGAGAUUUAAGAGGGAUAUAAAGUUUGCUUGAAUUUAUUAUGUGCUCAUUUACAGGGACGAAAGCUGUGAGGUUUGUAUUUCACAACAACAGCAUUGGCAUGACAAACUGCGUAAGAGAUGCCAACAAACACGAUUAUUGUGAUUUUCUUUCUUUCUGUUUUUUCAUCUGACUGGAAUCAGGGUUUGUUAAUAGCAGUCGCAUGCUCAUCCAUGUUGGGUUGUUUCACCAGCAGCUAUAGAAGGGAUUUUUGUAAAGUGAAUUGGCACAUUGUUAAAUAUUUACUGCAUAUUGUAAAUAAGAAUAUUUUAUUUUGAGCAAUUUUAUUGCACCUUAUUUUGUGGCAGUCUAUGCAUUUUAUGAGAGCUUUUUGUUUGUUUUUUUUAUUAUUAUUACACACAGUGGACGGCUAAAGCCCGGGUUGCAUGUCUUUGUAAUAAACCUUAAAAGCAGUGAAGAAUCACUCACUGCUGCAGCUAGUUAGCCAAAGCAGGACUUCUUCCAGAGUAGCUACGAAAUCCAUACAAAUCAGCAUUUUAUUUUUAAAUAUAUUCACUCAGUCAAUGGAAUGCAAGAGAAUAUGAAAAAUGCAGAACAAUGUUAUCCUUUUACAAUAGUACUGUAGUUCAUUACAUUUUUUUUUUGAUACCUAAAUAAUAGUUUUAAAGUAAUUUCUCCUGACUAAUAUCUGUGUUGUCAGUGAUUGUGUCUGUUCAUGAACCUUGGUGGUCACUGUGUGAUUUUACCAGUUAGCAUGAUCUACCAGGAUUAUGUUUUUUUUUUUUUGUUUUUUGUUUUUUUUCUUGACGAUCGAGAGAGAUGUAUCUGAUAAUGCAUUGUUGCUAAUUGUAAUAUGGACACAGAGGGCUUCGACCUCCUUUUCAAACCAACCACUAGCCUCACCUCUAACAAUAAGGUAUAACUGUUUGUUGUGUGAAACCUGCAAUGAAAUGAUUAUUCUGUAAAAUAGCCACAAACUUUAGAAAGGCAUUUAAUUUGUCAGAUGCAACCUUAUGUACAGUUAAUGAAUGUGUGUUUGGAAAAAGUACCUGCAUAAGUGUAGUUGUUUUGUUUUGUUUUUUUAACACUGACGCACUGUAUUUUAUAUUGCCUCCAACACAACCUCUGCUUACAUUUUAAACUAUUCUUCCGGUUGUAAAAACAAAACAAGUUUAAGCAGACAAAAACAUCAGUGCUUUUUGGUGGUUACAAUGAUUUUAAGGUGUUCUCUCCAGUUCAUUCAGAUCUUACCUACAUUGUCUUUGAGCUACAAACAGCUCGACUCCAUUGCUCGGUGCUCCUGUCAGCUUUUUUUUUUUUUUUUUUGCUCAUACGCAAUAUUAACCAUGUCUUACCCUGACAGAUAUUUGAGUGCUAACAUCGACUGUUAACCAGAAACCGGUAGCAUUUAUGUCUUGUCCCUACAAGUUGGCUUUGGAAAGAUUUUAACAAAUAAAUGAUUCCCAUUG